AUGGAUGUUGCCUCAGAUGGUGAAAGUCCUACCCAAGGCAGUGUGGUUGUUAUUGAUUUCAGUGAGGAGGAACAGCUUGGUAGUGGAAAGAAGAAGAAUCCCUUAAGGCAACUUGUCAUCAUGAUGGGAAAAAACUACUGCCGCAUGCCAGGUUAUCAAUGCUCAACAAAGACUCAGAAUUACAAGAUGGCUACUGAUGUUAAGGUUGAUAUAACAAAUCCGAAGAAGACAGUAAAAGGCCUUGCUCUAGCAGAUGAGCUGGACAUAGGAGAGCAUGAAAACCUAGUUGGGAAAAAGCGACCAUUGGACUCUGUUUUAAGUCUUGUGAAAGUUGAAGAGGGAUAUGCGCCAAUCACAAAACAUAUUAAGUCUUGUGCAGGAUUUGGGUCAGCUGCAGUCAUGACUAUGGAAAUAUUUUUUGAGUCCAAAGAAGAUUUCAAUAAUUAUGAAAUGCAACAGGAAUUCGCCAAAAGCAUGUUGAAGGACCUGGCUUUUCUUUUUUUGGAGGUUGGAAAGAAGGCUUUGGAGCACCAUGGUUUAUUACAAUCUCCUUUUAUUCUUCAGACAUUCACAACUCAUUUAAACUCAAUUGACGGUGCUAUUGAUGUUGAAAAACAUCAGGUGGAUGGAACGUACAGUAACUUUAGUAACAUGGAAAAGUUCCCACCAAGAGGAGCCUUAGCUAUGUUCGCUGCUGCAGUUGAGCAUGUGUUCACUUUGUGGGAAAAUAGAGAAAUACUGUGGGAACCAAAGGAUCAGAUCACUGAGACUCGGAUGGACGAGGCAGUAAACUUGAAGCUGUAUGCCAAGCCAUUGCCAAAGCUCAAUAAGUCAACUGGCAAGGAGACUGCCACACACAAUAGAUUUUUGGACAUGAACUGGGGAUCAACAACCCGCAAGUACUAUAAUUCCACCAAGUCCCUCAAGGUUUCCUCACUAGAAGAGAUUACCCACAAGGCCUUGGUGUUUACUAAACGGAACACUGAGUUCACCAAGGACACUCACACCAACCCUCAUGAAUGCUUGGUGAACAUCUAA